AUGGUGAACUACGAAAAUGUCGGAUUGAUACAGUUCCUGGUUUUUAAUGGCGGCUUGCUUGGGUUAGAAUUACAAACACUCAUUCAGACCACCCUACGACAUAUCUUUCAGGACAAAGAGGAUAGAAAGGAGUGGCGAACCACUGAGAACUGUUUGACGUGGGGGGCUGAUCCCAACUAUCGUUUUCAUAACGGCUAUCCUUGGAUGUGGCAUGCUAUUAAAUCAGCGUCGGCGGAACGGGACCAGCACCAUUCAUGGACAAAGCAAGAAAAGGCGUGUCGGGAUGUGCAGCUGCUGCUUGACCAUGGGGUUGACCCAAAUUCUGUGGGGUCUUUGGCGACAAUGGAUUCGAUGCUUCAUGCAGCAUGCCUGCAUUUUCAACCUCAAAUUGUACAGGCCUUACUCAAAGCGGGUGCACACCCCAAUGCAAAAGACGCCCGUGGCCGGACACCCUUGUUUAUGCUAUUCGAAGAAUGCUGGCUCAAUGUACAUCAAAAUGAAUAUCUGCUUGAUAUGCUUCUUGCAGACCCAAGAGUUAAGAUUGAUGAACCUGACAAUGAUGGCUGUACGCCCUUGGGCGCUGCUGCGAGUUGUAUUGCAACCGUCAGUCGGGAAUUUGCCAAGAAAGUCGUUCGUAUGCCCGACGAAGUCGAUAUCAAUUCCCAAGACAAAAACGGGGAAACACCAUUUUCUCGUUCUAUCGCCGUCAACGAGUAUGAUACAAUCCGUCUACUCCUGGCGCAGGAUAGACUUGACCCCAACCUCGGUCCGACAGAUGCAUUUCCGUUAUUUCUUGCUGUUCGUCUUAAUCAACAACAGACGGUUGAAUAUUUGCUGGACUCUAAGCGACUCAACGUCAACAAGCAAACUAGCACAGGGCAGACCGCUUUGUUGGAAGCGAUUCGUGUAGGCAACACGGAUGUCAUUAGGAUGCUCGCUAAAGCCGGUGCCAACGCCGAUAUUGGAAUGAGCGAAGGCAGAACAGCUCGACAGCAGAUGUCGGCUGCGGGUAUUUAUAUCAAAUGGAAGACGAGCCCGAUAUGA